AGGAACCAACGGUCACCGUGGGGCUGUCACCGCGCUGCCGCCCUGGUGACGGUGACGCCGGUCUGGGGGACGUUGGUAACGGCCCGGCUGGGGCAGGGGGUGGUUGUGGGGUCCCCACAGCACCGGCCAUGGCUGUGGCGAUCAGUCAGACCCUGUCCCUGCGGCGGGAGCAGGUCCUGGCGAAGGAGAGAGCCUACGCGCAGUGGCUGCGGAGCUGGGGGCAGGCGGCCGGGGAGCACCCCCAGCGCCAGGAGCGGAUCUGGGCCACGUCCCUCGGGGCGCUGCGGUGGAGCCUCGCGGUGGGGCUGUGCCUGGCCUCCAAGGAGCAAACCACGGUCCGACGGGCCGCCCUGCACCGGCUCCUCCAGGCCGAGCACCAGCAGCACCAGCGGGAGCUGCAGCAGCUCGGGAAGGCUUUCUACGUGGAGCGGCUCUGAGCGCACGGCUCAUCGGGCUCAGCCCGGCUGGCAGCACGGCGGAAUAAAAGGAGCUGAGCGAGACGGGGCUGUGCCCGCUGGGUUCGG